AUGGUUGCUUUUGGGAAAAGUUUGAAAGAAAGACAAGUUCAAGAAUGGCAACAAUAUUACAUAAACUACAAACUAGUGAAGAAACGAGUAAAGCAAUAUGCUCAACAAAUUGAACUUGGAACACAGGAUCGGCAACAUGUACUCAAGGAUUUCUCGAGAAUGCUUGAUAAUUAG